AAAACCAGAAUGAACUCGUCGGAGCUGCCAAGGAAAGAAACCAACGUGCUAAAAGGCCACGAUGGUGCAGUAUUAGCCGCGAGAUUCAACUACGACGGCAACUAUUGCCUGAGUUGCGGCAAGGAUCGCACCAUCCGACUUUGGAACCCUCACCGUGGCAUCCACAUCAUAACCUACAAAUCUCACUGCCGCGAAGUUCGCGACGUCCACGUCACCCCAGAUAACUCCAAGUUGUGUUCUUGCGGCGGAGACCGACAGAUUUUCUAUUGGGAUGUUUCCACCUGUCGGGUUAUUUGCAAGUUUCGCGGCCAUGAUGGCGAGGUGAAUGCGGUGAAGUUUAAUGAGAAUGCAUCGGUGGUAGUAUCUGCAGGUUAUGAUAGAUCAUUGCGUGCUUGGUACUGCAGGUCUCACAGCACUGGACCCAUACAGAUAAUUGACUCAUUUUUGGACACGGUUAUGUCUGUAUGUUUAACCAAGACUGAAAUUACUGGUGGAAGUGUUGAUGGAACUGUUCGAACAUUUGAUAUCCGUAUCGGUCGAGAAAUAUCGGAUGACUUAAGGCAACCUGUUAACUGUAUCUCAAAGUCAAACGACGGUAACUGUAUAUUAGCCAGUUGCUUGGAUUCAUGUAUACGAAUUUUAGACAGGUCCACGGGUGAACUAUUGCAAGAAUAUAAAGGACAUGCUUGCAAGUCCUACAAAAUGGAUUGCUUCCUAACCAACAGUGAUGCACAUGUAAUUGGUGGAUCUGAGGAUGGCUCAAUCUUCUUCUGGGAUCUGGUAGAUGCAUUUGUGGUUUCAAAAUUCCGAGCUCAUCCAUCAGUGGUGACAAGUGUGAGCUACCGUCCAAAAGAAAACUGUAUGAUAACCUCCUCUGUGGACGGCAGUGUUCGAGUUUGGAAAACAUGAGCUCAUGAACACAAUCAAGGUUUUACACUUAUUACUGCAUCCGAGUCGCAAGAACUCCGGAGAUCUGACAUCUGACAUUUAGCUGUAAAUUGGUGUUUAAUGAUGGAACUGCAUAUUGUUCAAAUAUUGAUACGGCAGUGCACAUGUUUGGGUGGUGAUUAUUCUGGUGGCCUUGAAUUCCAGACCAUAUCUUUG